CCGGUCAGAUCUUAAAAGGCUGGGCAGUGCGUGUGGCAUCCCGAUAGAAGAGAAGACGAGCAAGUGGCGUUGCUGGUUGGCGGGAGCGUGCCUGUCACUGCGCUGGAGCAUCCCCGAGCUAGCUUCUGAAAAGAGCCGACCCAGCCAGCAGAGCACGCAGCCGCAAGUCCGCGCCGAUCUCCUCGGUCUCGUGUCUCCGUUCAGGCGACCCUCCGAGACUUCGCACAAAGCACAUUUUUUUUUUUUUUUUUUUUUUUUUUCCAAAGCAGCGCAAGGGAGCGCCCAGCCGCGUGCAGGCGGACGCACCCUUCCUGUCCUUUGUUCCGGGGGCAUCUGCCGCUGCUCUUCCCCCCAAGUCCGAGUCUCUCCUCCCUGGGGUGGCGGGUAGCCGAGCGCAGCAAAGAAGAUGCCUUUGGAGCUGACUCAGAGCCGGGUGCAGAAGAUCUGGGUGCCCGUCGACCACCGACCCUCGUUGCCCAGAUCCUGUGGGCCGAAGCUGACCAACUCCCCGACGGUGAUUGUGAUGGUGGGCCUCCCAGCCCGGGGUAAAACUUACAUCUCCAAGAAGCUGACUCGCUACCUCAACUGGAUAGGUGUUCCAACGAAAGUGUUCAAUGUGGGAGAGUAUCGACGUGAGGCCGUGAAGCAGUACAGCUCUUACAACUUCUUCCGCCCUGACAAUGAGGAAGCCAUGAGAGUCCGAAAACAGUGUGCCUUAGCUGCCCUGAGAGACGUCAAAAGUUACCUGACAAAGGAAGGAGGACAGAUUGCAGUUUUUGAUGCCACCAAUACUACGAGAGAGAGGAGACACAUGAUCCUUAAUUUUGCCAAAGAAAAUGACUUCAAGGUGUUUUUUAUUGAGUCUGUAUGUGAUGACCCUACGGUUGUGGCCUCCAACAUCAUGGAAGUGAAAAUCUCCAGCCCGGAUUACAAAGACUGCAACUCGGCAGAAGCCAUGGACGACUUCAUGAAGAGAAUCAGUUGCUAUGAAGCCAGCUACCAGCCUCUGGACCCUGAUAAGUAUGACAGGGACUUGUCACUCAUCAAAGUGAUUGACGUGGGCCGGAGGUUCUUGGUGAACAGGGUGCAGGACCACAUCCAGAGCCGCAUCGUGUACUACCUGAUGAACAUCCACGUGCAGCCCCGUACCAUCUACCUGUGCCGGCAUGGCGAGAACGAGUACAACUUGCAGGGCAAGAUUGGAGGUGACUCAGGCCUGUCCGGCAGAGGCAAGAAGUUCGCCAAUGCCCUGAGCAAGUUCGUGGAGGAACAGAAUCUGAAGGACCUCCGUGUGUGGACGAGCCAGCUGAAGAGCACCAUCCAGACCGCAGAGGCCCUGAAGCUUCCCUACGAGCAGUGGAAGGCGCUCAAUGAGAUUGAUGCUGGUGUGUGUGAGGAACUAACCUACGAGGAGAUCAGAGACACCUACCCCGAGGAGUACGCACUGCGUGAGCAGGACAAAUACUACUACCGAUAUCCCACAGGCGAGUCCUACCAGGACCUUGUCCAGCGCCUAGAGCCCGUGAUCAUGGAACUAGAGCGCCAGGAGAAUGUGUUGGUCAUCUGUCACCAGGCUGUCCUACGCUGCCUACUAGCCUACUUCCUUGACAAGAGUGCAGAAGAGAUGCCGUACCUGAAAUGUCCCCUUCACACCGUCCUGAAACUGACACCUGUGGCGUAUGGGUGCCGUGUGGAGUCUAUCUACUUGAAUGUGGAAUCAGUGAGCACACACCGGGAGAGAUCGGAGGCUGUCAAAAUACAACACUUUGCCAGUGUAGUCAGACCUUCCUCUUACACCGAACUUGACUUUCUGUCUGUGGAGUCCGCAAAACAGGAUGCAAAGAAGGGACCUAACCCGCUCAUGAGACGCAAUAGUGUCACCCCACUAGCCAGCCCCGAGCCCACCAAAAAGCCUCGCAUCAACAGCUUUGAGGAGCAUGUGGCUUCCACUUCUGCUGCCCUGCCAAGCUGCCUGCCCCCGGAAGUGCCCACGCAGCUGCCUGGACAACCUUUGCUAGGGAAAGCCUGUUUACGAACUGUGUGUCACAUUUUUUCAAAGUUUUCUCCUUACUAACCUGGGAAAGAACAUGAAGAGCCCCUGGAGAGGCACCGACUCUUCCCAGAAGUAUUAAAGCUGAAAUAUGGGCUCCAUUCCACUUCUCCACAGCCUGCCUUGUGCCCGCUCAUCUACCCGAGGCCAAGUGAUCCCAAGGACUUCCCUACUGGGGAGAAUGGAGAUCUGCUGAUUGAAGAGUAGCAGCACCCCCCCUCCCCCAAGAUGUUGGGGUGGCAAAGACAACUGGGAAGCUGGACAGAUCCCAGCUUCCUGUGGCAAAGCUGCAUACCUCCCUGCCCUUUGUUCUCUUGCAACUUCCAGGGGUGUCUGACCACAGGCCCUUCCGAAGCUUGGGGAGGACUAUGGUAACAGAGAGGGUGGGAUCAGACCCCUAAGUGGAGGCACUGGACGCCACCGUGCUGUUUUGUUUCUUUGAAUCCUGGCCUGGCAUGUUGAUUGCUAGAAGAUAAGACUGGCAGAGACUUCUGAAAUUCAGAGUGCAUUAGACCCCGGUUGCCAGAGGCUCAGGGACGUUCAGAGACUCGUGUGGCUUUUAUGCAUCUUGGCCUGGGAGGAGGCCUCGAGAUAAGGGACUUGGGCACAUGCUGCAUUGGGUGUGGGGUUUCUUUUUCUGAGGAGUCUCUGUGCUGAGGUCCACUGGUCAGCUGAGCAAUAGCAUGUCCUGCUCUUCCUCAUGUUCACAUGCCUUCUAGGGCCCACAUUAAGGGACAGACUAGUUGCACCAUUGGAAAGAAGCAUUUUGCUGGAAACAAACAAACAAACAAACCAGGGCCCUUCUUCCCAGGGGCUCUGAGGCCUUCUGUUUUUCAACCUGGGCCUGGAGGCACCUGAGCAAACCCUGUGGCUAGCUGUUUUGCACUUUCCUUCCUUCCUUCCUUCCUUCCUUCCUUCCUUCCUUCCUUCCUUCCUUCCUUCCUUCCUUCUUUCCUUCCUCCCUUCCUUCUUUUGUUCCUUCCUUAACUUCUUUUUUCUUUUUUGGGCAGAGGUAUGAUGAAGGAACUUGGAUGGCAGGGUUUUGGCUCUUGGAGGCUUGGAGCUGCUGAAUGGGGGGAGUUGGAGUGUCUGUGAGAUGGGGAGGCUCAGAGCCUUCAACUCACAUUUCUCAAGAAGGGACGGUGGCCCAUUCCAGGCUGCUGGCUCACAGAAUUGUCCUCAUGUUUUGGCCAAGUGUCUGCUGCUGUAUGCCCGAUACCACCAAGCCAGGCAUCUCAAGGAGUUCCCAAGAGUAGACAGUUGUCCUUGUCAGCUUCCCAACGUCUGUGACAUUUUCGCAUGGGUUGAAAGCAGUGCUGCCAUAACUACCGGUUGUUUCUGUCUGCCUGUUUCUCCUCCUCCUUUAUCCACCCAAGUUCCAGGAAAGGAGAGGACAGCCUUAGCUGGGAAGAAACCAUUUGGAAGCUCAGUGAUUUUAGCCCAAAUGGCCCUUUAUAACGCUGCCCCAUAGCUGGUGCCAAAGGUCACUUUCUGCUUUCACCUUGGGAGUCCAGGGGUGACAUAAGGGCAUGCUUCAGAUGCUUUAUUUCCACAGCUAACCACUCAAGUGCUCAGCCCAGCCCACUAUCCUUUAAAUCUGUGGUUCACCAGAGAGAGGGCUAUAUACGCUUCUGAAGACUUGGACUGUUUUCUCUGAGUGGCUUGAUUCUUGACAAAGAUAUGUGCAGUGUAGACCCGUGCGGAGGUGUGUGCAGGCUCAUAGUACUUUUAGACCUGGAGGUCCGAAGUGUUGCUUUGGGAGGGGGACAGGAUUAUAAGUGUAGCCCGAAUGAGUGGCAAUCCUCCUGUCUCAGCCUCCUGAAAGUUAGCAUUAGGGUCAUAAGCAGGAGCCACCAUGCCUGGGAGUGUGGCUUUGUACUUGGAGGUGGUUUCUUAGAUGCUCCCUUCGGACCACAUCUACUCUGCAGUUACAGAGCCAACUCUUAGAGCAUGGAGACUCUCAAGGCUGACACAGGUAGCAGUGGGUCAUGUGUGACUAAAAGAGAAAGCUUUGCCCGGCGUGAUUUCACCUUCUCUGAGGCCUGUGAAUAAGAUGGGGCUCAGGAGAUCUUGAAGAGGGUGGAACAUGGCUUCAUUUGAAAGCCCGUGACUUGCUGGGGUGGGUGGCACCCAGAACUUCCGCUGUCCCACCCAAAGACAACAGAAUGAAAUGGGGACCAAUGUUUUUAACGUUGCAUAUUUGUUUUGAGGGUAAAUUUCUCCCCUUUCCUUCAACCAUGGGCAAUACCCUUCUUUGAUGGGGGAGAAGAAAAACUGUUGGAACCACACCAAUGAUAUUUUCAAUUGUAAUACUUGAAAUUUAUUUUUUUAUUAUUUUGAUAGCAGAUGUGCUAUUUAUUUAUUUAAUAUGUAUAAGGGAGCCUAAAACUAGAAAGCUGUACAGAUUGGGUUUAAUUGCUCAUUGGUUUGGGGCCUUUCAAUGUAUGGCUGAUGACUUCUUCGUGGUCUGUGUAAUUGUCUCUGUCAAUGACCUGGAAGAAGCUAUGCAAGCUUUUAAGCCUUUCAGAAAUUUGUAUAUUUUGCAGUUGCUAGAACAAUAAAAACUUGGUUGAGAUAUACCGACAAAACUCA